CUAUCGCUCCUCUCCCGCCUCCCCACUAUCGCCCUCCAGCUGGCCGUCCACCUCCACCUCUCUCUCCCCAUAGCUAUCGCCAUCGCUGCCAUCGUCGCCCACCUGAGUGGCCUGGUCGUCCUCACCCCCACCUGGCUGACGGACCACCUGAAUGACGCCCUCUUGAAUAAGUGCGGUCAGUCGCUGCCCAUGGAAGCGAUCCGGGAAAUACUUGGCUACAACCAUCGCCGCCUGAUAGGCACAAGACAGCACAGAGUGUAUCUUUGUGCGUGUCCCUUGUCGCCAUGUGUGGUAGCCUUGCAGGCAGGUCAGCUUACCUUCACUGCGAUGCCGACGUCACUGUGUGUCUGUAGUGCCGCUACCUUGUCCACACCGCCGGCCUGCAGGAAAGGCCGCACGAACGAAACAUCCGGCAAUGUGGCUGUGUGUCGGUUGCGGCGGCCUCUUCUUACCUGCUCUACCAGUGUGCCAUAGGUGUUGUCGGGGAGGCCCUCCUCGGCCUGCUUCUGCCGACCCACACUGCACACACCCAGGCAAGCAACACACACGGUCGGUGACGCACACGCAUCUGUCCAGGUGCAGACGUACGCUAGUAUCUUGUCGAGGGUCGGGAGCGUGACGACUAUGAAGUUAUGCUGCUGGAGGCCAGCAGUGCCCUCGAGCAGGUCGCACAGGGGCUGGAUGCCGCCGAACUCAGCCACAUGCUCAGUCUGAAUGAAUGAACAAGUGAAUGAAUAAGUAAAUGAAUCAAGACAUGCAAACAUCGAGCGACAUAGAGACACAUCUGCGUGUCGAAAUACCUACCUGCUGCUGCGAUCCUCGCGCAAUGUUUCCUAUGGCCGUCGCCGCCAUUUGAUUGAUGCUGAGAUCGGCCUCUCCGCCCGCGGCCACGUUGAUCAACACCGGCACCAGAUCAGCAUCAAUGACGGCCUGCCGGUGAGCCGUGGUGCCUGCAUCCCCAUGUGGCUUAGCCAGAGCUCUCUGUGCGUGAUUGUUUCACCUGUAGUCAUGUUGAUCGCCGUCAGGCACGCGGCGCCGUUCACGUCUGCCUCGGCCGACUCCAGCAGUGUCUUGAUCGACGCCAUGGCGCCACACUCGACCAGCGCGUCACGAUCAGCAUCGGUGCCUGUAGACCAACAAACCACAGGGACAGUGCCAUAAGCCACACAGUUCGGUGUGUCCGUGCUUCCUGACCUCCAGCAACCAGAGCCACCAGCCAGCUGGCAGGCCGACGCACCGUCAGGAUGUCAUGCGCCAGCAGCUCCACCAGCCGCCCGCACAGGCCCAUCGCCCUCACGGCAUGUCGAAGCUCAUCCUCACUGACCUGCGUCAAGACCGUCAGCGCGCACUCCAGCACACCUUGGUCCUGUUCAGGUUGGCCGAUGUGGUUGAGCAGCACGGCCACGAAGGGGGCGAAGUCGGCCAGCGGGUACGAGGGCUCGCGGCAAUGGACAUGGACGAGCAGCCAGGCGCCAAUGCGGAGGACGGGGGUGUGGCUGCUCUCACGCAGCACCUUCAGCAGCGGCUCCAGGAUGCCGGCCGCCAGCACCAGCUCGCGAUGCGUCACCGAUCCGCCCGCGAUGUGGCCCAGGGCACAAAUCGCCUCCCCACACACAUCGUCAACGGAUGACGACACCAGCUGGACGAGGGGCGGGAUGGCGCCCGCAUCCACCACCGCCGCGACAUGACGAUCCGCCAGCAGGCCGAGGGCUUUGGCGGCUAGCUUUGGCACCUGUGAGAACACAUGAGAAGGCAGAUGGACAUGGGCUGAAUCCAUCACACAAGCAGCACAUAUAGUGGCAAAUCAUCGAGGUAUGAUAUGAGGACACAUACAGAAAAAGAUGACGUACACGUGACAGAGGGGAGCCUCCUCGCACGUCAGGUUCCCUACCAACACAGGCACCGAACCUGCCUCAAUGGCCUUCUGAGCGAUGCUGUCAAUGUGCUCGACGGACAGCAGCCGGACCAAUUGUUGCGUCGCGUCGACCUGGAGCUGUGGAUCACUGGCCGAGGCAAUCAGGUGGCAGAUGCCGGUCAUGACGACGGCGAUGUCCGCGUCUACAGGCUCUCGCUGCUUCAUGGUGUGGUCGUAGGCCUCUCUCGUGCGGAUGGCGUCGUGCAGGACACACGCCUUGGCCAGCACUGCUUGGGGUGAGGGAUGGCUGGGUGCGCUGCCCGCCGACUCCAU